CGCAGUAGAAGAAGACGGGAGGCCUCAGUGCGCGUGCGUAAACCACGUACACCGAUGAUCAGACAGUCUCUGCUGGAUGCUAGCUGGCUAGCAGGCUAGCUUACGGUCUGUCAAGUCGCACACAUUGAGCCAGGAGGGGAAGCGCGGCGGCGGAGAAGAAGCAGCAGAAGCAGGGCGACCCCAGCGCCCGCGACGAAAUGGCCGGGCAGCAGUUCCAGUACGAUGACAGCGGCAACACCUUUUUCUAUUUCCUGACGUCCUUCGUGGGACUCAUUGUGAUCCCGGCCACAUAUUACCUCUGGCCCCGGGAUCAGAAUGCUGAACAACUGCGUCUGAAGAGCCUGAGGAGGGUCCACGGCCGGUGUCUGUGGUACCGGCUCCGGCUGAUGAAGUCCCAGCAGAGCAUCGUCCCAACAUUGAAGAAAGCAGCCUUGUUAUUUGGGUGGGCUGUGUUUCUGCUGCUAGCCUACAAGGUGUCCAAGCUGGACAGAGAGUACCAGGAGUACAAUCCUUAUGAAGUCCUCAACUUGGACCCGGGUGCGUCUCUGUCAGAAAUCAAGAAGCAGUACCGUGUACUGUCACUCAAGUUCCACCCUGACAAAGGUGGUGAUGAGGCCACAUUCAUGAGAAUUGCCAAAGCCUACGCUGCUCUGACCAAUGAACAGUCGCGAAAGAACAUGGAAUUGUGGGGUAACCCAGAUGGACCAGGAGCUACAAGCUUUGGUAUUGCCCUACCUGCCUGGAUCGUUGACCAGAAGAACUCAAUGCUGGUGCUAUUGGUUUAUGGACUUGCCUUCAUGGUCAUCCUUCCUGUCGUUGUGGGCACGUGGUGGUACCGCUCCAUCCGCUACAGUGGAGACCAGAUCCUCAUCAACACUACCCAACUCUUCAUGCAUUUUAUGUACAAGACGCCAAACAUGAACAUGAAGCGGUUGGCCAUGGUGUUGACGGCGGCGUUCGAGUUUGACCCUCGCAGCAAUAAAGAAGCUACAAUACGACCAACAGACAACAUAGAAGUGCCACAGUUGAUCCGUGAAUUAGGAAAUAUUAACGUGAAGAAGAAGGAGCCUCCGUUCUGCUAUCCCUACAGUUUAAAGGCCAGGGUCCUGGUGCUCGCUCACCUGGCUCGUAUGGAUGUAUCAGAGGAGUUGGAUGAAGAUCAGAGGUUUGUGGUGAGAAAGAGUCCGCCUCUCCUGCAGGAGAUGAUCAACGUCGGCUGUCAGCUCACUAUGAUGGCCAACAGCAGAGGAGGUUUCCACGCUCCUCGGCUGGUAACCAUAGAGAACUGCAUGAAGCUGACCCAGAUGAGCGUGCAGGGCCUGCAGGAGUCAAAGUCACCACUCCUGCAGCUGCCCCACUUUGAGGAGGAGCACCUCCGCUACUGCAUCUCCAAGAAGUAUAAAGUUCGGAGCCUUCAGGACCUGGUGAGUCUGAAGGACUCGGACCGACGCAGCAUGUUGCGUUUCCUGGGGGAGGAGAAGUACGAUGAGGUCAUGUCUGUGUUGGGCAGCUUCCCUCACAUCACUAUGGAUACCAAACUGCAGGUCCUUGAUGAUGAAGACAGCAAUAACAUCACCGCAGGCUCUAUCGUCACAGUAACUGUCACCUUAACCAGAAAACGGAUGGUGGUAAGGAAUGAUGGCAUUAGGUUAAACACUGACACAAUUGACAUGUUUGAAAAAGAGCAGGACUCAACACCGUGUACAGGAGAGGAGGUUGCCACUACAGAGGAAGCACAAGCAGACGCAAGUAAAGCCAAAACCAAAGUGUGGCAGAACAAGAGUAAAGGAGCCAAGAAAACAGCCAAGUCCAAGAAGAAAAAAUUAACGAAGAAGAAGCCCACUCCUGCGCCUGCCAAAACCAAACAGGCCAACGGCAACGUGGCAGGAAACGAAGUCGUAGCAGCAGCAGCAGCACCAGCAACAACACCAGCAACAACACCAGCAACAACACCAGCAACACCAGCAGCAGUAAAGGAGGAAGAGGACGAGGCAUCAGACAAGGGCAGCGAAUCAGACGAGGGCGAAGCCACCAAGGACUCUCCCAGUGAGCGAGACGAAGACAGCGACAAGCAAAGCGACACAGAGGUGGACGAGAUCGCUGGAGACGACGAAGAGGAGUGGGAGGCGUUGCAGCAAAGCAUCCAGCGGCGAGAGCGGGCCCUGCUCGAGACCAAGUCGAAGGUGACGCACCCCGUCUACAGCCUCUACUUCCCAGAGGAAAAGCAGGAGUGGUGGUGGCUGUACAUCGCCGACCGGCGAGAUCAGACCCUCGUCUCCGUGCCCUACCAUGUGUGCACGCUACAAGACACAGAAGAGGUGGAGCUGAAGUUCCCAGCUCCUUCCAAAACGGGGAACUACCAGUAUUCAGUCAUCCUCCGCUCUGAUUCCUACCUGGGACUGGACCAGAUCAAACCACUAAAGCUGGAGGUCCACGAGGCCAAGGCCAUGAUGGACAACCACCCCCAGUGGGACAUCCCCGACACGGAGGAGGAGGACGAGGAGCAGGAGGACAGCGACGGCAUCGAGGAGAGUGAAGACGACGACGAGGACAACGACUGAACGGGGACACACACAUUCGCGCGCACACACACGCUCAGCCUUCUCCCAUGGACUGGCCACACACCCACCCCUGAACCCACGAACGGCAGAGAGAGAGAGACAGCGAGCGAGGAGCAGCGAUGCCCUGCCUCUCACACACACACACACACACA